UGCGACUGCCUCAGAAGGUUAUUCCAGGAAUUCUUUCAGAAGAAAUUGUUUGUAGAAAUGUUUAGACCGUAGUUCGAACAACCAAAAGUGUUGGAUAUGCUCUUACGUUCGUGCGGAGAGGAAAUAAAGCGACAGACGCGCUUUGUGUCAUUAUUUGUGCCGGCAAUGGAAGCGCACAGCGUUGGAUAUGUGGUUUUAAUAGCGCGAGUCGAUAGCUCCGAACACCCUGCCAGCCGCCACCGUGCGAGGGUCGCAACACGAAGUUCGGAUCCCGGCGAACUUCGCUUGUUGGCGCUUGCGAUGUGGCGAGCUGCGCAAGGAGUUUGUCGGCGUCAUGAUGACGCCGACAAACUCCUUGCGCAGCUCGCCACAUCGCAAGCGCCAACAAGCGAAGUUCGCCGGGAUCCGAACUUCGUGUUGCGACUCUCGCACGGUGGCGGCUGGCAGGGUGUUCGGAGCUAUCGACUCGUGCGGGCAAGUGGGGGCGCCGUUGCAACUGCAAGCCCGAACUACAACAUGAUUGUUGGUGUGUUGUCAUACAGUAUGUCUUCUUCCAAGGGCGAGGUGGAGCCAACAGGGACCUCUGAGAAGGAAUCACGAAAAGAUUCCACGAGGCGGUCGUCUACUGCCACGCAGGGGUGGUCGAACUAUUCAAGGUCGAAAUGGUUCAUCGACUGUGGAGACGAUUCCAACCCCACUACGCAGCCAUGUGGUCCUGUCAUCUUCAUCGAUGACAGCAGAAGGCGUAGAGUGCUUGGUGGCGUCUUGAGGUGGGAGGACGCAAAGGGGGGCCGGCGACAUUUCUAUAUGCAGAAAGUUUAUAGCGCCAAGGGCAACGUCGUUGCCAAUUCGAAAGGGACGUUGCUGGACCUCGAAUUGUGUGAGGGGUUCGGAGCGGGUGCUGUGAACACCCCGUUCCAUAGAGAACUCGUUCUCGGGGGCAGUUUUGUUUUGGCGCGUGAAUUUUUCGACAUGUUGGCGGAUAAAAACAUCGCUCUAGACGUCCCCUGCGACGUCAACCCAUCCCUUGAGCUGUUGUUGCCGUUGAAGCUCUGCAGCGGUUGCGAGUCAAGCGGGGCAGGGGCGGAAGGCGGUGAUCUGGGUUCUGGUCCCGCCACUCAGCUGCAUCGUGGCGAGAGCCGAGGUCAGUUCGACGACAGCAAGGAUGAGGGGACUGCUCCGCCGUUGAGUGACACACGGCGGUCUGUGUUGUAUAUUCCUGGGGUUCAGACUGAUGCUCCAGUUCAACGGAAGAGUAUGAGGCCUGUAGUACAGGUGGCGGACUAUUCGGAGGUCGACUUGGAGGCGAGCGAGGGACAGGGUGUGGAGGAGGUGGACGCGGGAGGCCUGGGCUCGCAAGGAGCUCCGCAAAAGAGGAGGGGGGAUCGUCCAGACGAGUUCGCCGAUUCUACGAAGAAGUUAAAGAGCAAGGCCCCCAGGACUGCGGGGGAGAAACGCAAGGGGACGGAGGGGGAGCAGGGCCAGCAGGUUGCCAAACGACCGUCUUCGAGACAGAAGCAGCCUGAGUCUAGACCAUCUUCUUUACCGACAACAGGGACUCCCAUCGACGUCGACGCCGGGUACUUCCUCGAGUACAAAGAUGACGUUUGGACAAAGCGGGAGUUCGACAUUAGCCCUGCGCAGGUCGUCGACCUCGAGGACUGGGAGGACCUGUACAACCAGCGGUCCCUGGAUCCCGUGCUCGUGGAUGGGAUCAAAGAAGCGAUGCGGUUGGCAUCAGCAGGGCGAGGAGGCCAUCAGGAAACAAGGCACUGCCAUGCGUUCCUAUUUCCCACUGGCGAUGGCGGGGGAGAACGUCUGGAAACUGGCCGUCGAGUUUUUCGAGAAAUGGGAGACAGGAGAUUGUUCGGACACGACGGCGCAAAGUGGAUCAUGCGGAAGAAGAAAGUCAAAAACGUGAAGCCUGGGGUUGCAUACAUCCAUAAUGACAAGCUGGGCGGGAAGAAGGCCGUGUACAACGUCCCUGUGGACCCGCCGUCAAAGAAAUGCAAAAAGGAGAAAGAGGAGGGCGAGUGGUUCGUGCAAGUGCCAGAGCCGGACGCGCAUUGUUGGAAAACGAUGGAGUUGCUAACAGACAACGAGAAGUGCCGCGUCCUGAAGAAGGUGCUCGCUUGCGAGGUGGUUUGGGUACAGGCCGGCUCGCCAGCGUUGGCGAAGCUCGGAAAGCUGAGCGUCCAGGAGGUGGUGAAUUUGGUGAAGUGCGAACGGCUGCUGGUGCGUCUGUGGAACUACUACCAGUUCAAGCACGACAAAAGGCCACACGCGGAUUGGAGCCAAAGGUUCCCGUUUCUGAAAUCAAGGCCCGCAAUUUUCAGACAGUUUGAGAGUCAUGGUUUGGAUGCUGAGUUGUGGGACGGGAGCACGAAAUACGUCACUGACUCCUCGCUGUUCAAGGACUGCCCGCCCUACAUAGGCUGCGACGACGACAGAUCGAUCGAGGCGACGGAGAAGUUGGCCGGUCACAAGAAGCUGUCCGUCGACUGGAGGAAUAAGGUCCUGUCCGUGUUGACUGGCAGUAGACUGAAGAGUCGAGAGAUCGCGCUCGCCGAAGGCAUUGUGCACAUAAAAUGGAAUGACACGGGCGACGUGACAUCCAUCACGCCAUUCGGCAACGACCCCUUGGAGGCAGACAUAAGGAGUGCGAAGGUGAAGGAGGCAGUGGUUGCCACAAAGAGUCACACGUUCGUCCUCGAUCUGUGCGAACCGGUGGACCUGAAGCUUUGGAAACCGCAAGCGUUCGACACUCUGAAUUCCCUACUCCAGACGUGGUGUCCGUCGCAUUGCACGCUCGUUGUUUUUGUCCCGCGACAGCAGAACCUCUCCUUUCUGGCCAGCAUGAACCAUCUUUCUUUCGUCAAGCUGCUGGAAGGGAAGUGGGCGAGGAGGUGUCAACAGAAGAAAAGCUUCCCCGUCGGGAACAAUUUGUACACGGAAGACGACCGGAUGUACAUACUCUUUAAAGGCGACGAUUUGCGGGCCAACACGUCCGUCGUCUACGAGGGGAAACUGCCGGCAGGCUCCGCUGCUGCAAUGCGGGUACCACAAAAGGUUACGCAAACGGAUGUAUCCGACAUCCCAUUCAACGCUUGCAACUGGUCGCAUACCUCGCCUGCACGUCGGGGCAUUGUGUACGGGGACAUGAAACGCAACCCCGCCCAAUUCGUUCAGCUUCUCGAAUCCAUCACCAAGAAGGGGGAGGGUGUCGUCUUCCUCGGGAAGCCACACGCGAGGUUAGUCUGGGAAGUACUGAAGGCAGGACGGCAUGUCAUCGCGAUGGAAGGGAACUCCGAGCUCUUGCAAUUUACAAUUGAUCUCGUCAAAAGCGAGGUCAAUUCGGGUGCCCACAAUUACGAGUUCAUGGUCGUCACCGAGACUCGGGCUCGCGCGUGGAACAACAAGACGGACAUGUGGUUCAAGUUGAGUGCGAGGAAGCGGAACAAGAUAUACGACUUCUUGUUCCUGCAAAAGCGGCCGAAGAGAGACACCGACGCCGAGUACGUGCGCCGCAAGGACCACAUGUUCACGUUGCUCGACAACUACCACGGCGCCUCCCGCAUGAACGCGAAGACCUUUCUCGAGAGGUUGCAGUCCCUUUACUUCGUGGAGUCAGAGGAGGAGAUGACGUUCAGCAGUUACUCCUCCUUGAUCUCAACGAAAGACGAGGAGACCAGCGACAUCGAGUUCGACGCGACCGCGGACGAGGAGGGCAGGGACACCGAAAGCCUCGACCUGCAGUACGACCAACAUUCCUCGCAGCACGGUACAGGGUCGUCCUUGGCAGGGUCCCGGGGACCGGAAGGUGGGGACAACGAGGGCAACGAGGUUGGGGGCGGCAAACGAGUCCCGAGGCGACAACAAGACGGCGACGAGGCUGAGGGCGGGUCUCAGGGCGACACCACGACAGCAAAAGGCAGCGGCGGGGUGGCGGGGGAGGCCCUCGGGCGUCAGCAGUCUACCGGUCCCGGUCCGGAAUGCUCGGCACAGUGGGAGGACGUGCCCAGUUCAUCCGCCUGCUCGGUGAUGGCGGCCUUGGUUGCUCUCCGUGCCGGCUCGGUCGAAACGUUCAAGUCCGCCGGGAUCCGAACUUCAAUGCUUGCAGACCGGACAGAGAGGACGGACGCGCAGAGCUGGUCAAGACCGGGGGUGGCGAGUCGUCAUCCCAAAAUAGACAGCGGUGCGGUGAGGGACGGGACUUCGCCGCCUGCGGGGGAUCGCCAACUGCUUCGGUCGGAGCGAGAGGGUGCGUGUGGAGGGCCCCGUGAAAGGGAGACGGCGAAGUUCGUCGGGAUCCGAACUUCUCCAAGCAAGGAGUGUGGAGGGCCCAGCGACAGGGAGUCGGCGAAGUUCGCCGGGAUCCGAACAUCUUCAGGCAAGGGGGGCCAACCAGGGAUAUUGGUGCAGGCGGGAGGGGCUGAGUGCGGCGGGCGGGAAGCGCAUUCAUCGGGAAUUGACACGGGUUCGGGCGAAGUGGCUGGAUUGCAUGCAGGGGAAGAAGGCAGGGUGAUGGACAAAGAGAAGGAAGAGGAACGAGACACAGGGGAGGAAUUGGAGGAAGGAAUGGAUGAAGGGGAGGAAGAAGAGGAUGAAGGAGAGAAAGGGGAAGAAACGGAGUUGGCUGGGUUGCUAGGAGGGCGGACGGGGCAAAAGGUAAACUCGAUACAAGAGACGACGAACGGACUUUCGGCGACGACGAUGACAGAUCUGGAAAGUCUUCUGACGAAUUCGGGCAGCUGUACGGAGAACACCGCGAGGAAGACGAGGACGACGAUGACACUACACUGGGUAUGGAGACACAGGUGGUCACAAGCCUUUCGGCAGAACGUGAUGACAAUGAGGUCCAAGCAAUGACGUCUGUCGUCGAUCUCCAACACCGGUUCAACGAAGCUCGUGUAGCAGUCAGCCUGACUAAACCGAGUGUGCGUAUUGA